AUGGACUCUCUGACGGCCAGCGGCCGAAGCUCUCAAAACCAGAGCAGAAGCAACAGUCCGCACAGACUUCUGGAAUCCACACAACACUUGCAUCUGCCCUCGUUCAUCCCUUCAAGAAAGUCGAGUGACAGCAGUGGCAAAAUCACCCCCACCUUCAGUUUUGGGAGACGAAACCAUUACCCUUCCCAACUCAAUGCUGAUAGGGAUGGCUUCUUCCGGCAGGGUAAGUUAUUAGCCAUUUACUGGUAAAUAAUUGGAUAUCAACCAGUAAGGUAUUAGCUGAGCCAUUUGCCAGUUAAUAAGUGAUUAGACUACAAAUGAUUAUACAUCUACCGGUAAAUAUAGCUGAAUUAAUCAUUCAUCAGAUUAUCUCAAAAUUUCAAAAUGAUUGAGAAACUACAAAAGCCAGUGUCUUUCACGCUGUCUUCUGACCCCGAUGCAAACAUCAGGUGCCAAGCUUUUCCGAAUAAGCCGAAAUAGUCAUAACUAAUGCGUCGCACGAUUAAAAAUCGAAUCAUAAAUUCAAACAAUGGCAUGCUUAAUGCAGAAUAUUCGUGCUGCCCGAAUCUUCCAAAAACUGCCUUAAGGAUUAAGUUCGAAAAUGACUUUAAUCCGUCUUUAAUCUUCAACUACCAACCCCAACACCAGGCUGAUUUCAGGCCUUUUUGCCUCAAAUGUUUACUAAUUUCGCCAUAAUUUUGUACGCUCCUCCCUUUCGUACUUGUUUUUAGCUCCAAGAUCAAAUUACUUUAUAUAAAAGCAUGUCUUAUGAUCCCAUAACACUUAAACUAGCAUCUGUCUAAUGGUACGCUCAAGUUCGUCUAGAUCAGGUACGUCUCGUCUCAAUAGGUAUAUAAUGAAUUACUUAUUUGAUAGUGGAUUCAAAAUUCAAUUGUAGGGCUAUAUUAGUCAAAAAUUCUUCGUUAAACUACUAUCCCGUAUAUAACCCACAAUCCUUCACUUUUUUAAAAUUUUGUUUAUAAUAAUAGAAGCUCCCUAUAUAAUUCUUAUUUUUCAGAUAAACCACGUCUGCCGGUGCGCAUGAUGAGAAGAGUAAAAGUCGCUGCCCUACCUGGAACCAGCAAUUCAGAUGACAACAGUCGAGCUGCCACACCCAACCUCGAGUUCCUCCACGACAACUACACAAAGAACGAGAUUGAAGACUACCGGCAACUCUUUUGUAUGUUUGAUACUGAUGGAUCUGGAGCAAUUGGCAAUGAGGAGCUGAAGGAAGCCAUAAUCAGUAUAGGACUACAAGCUGAUGACAAAGAGAUCGACGAUCUGAUAAGAGAAGUCGACGAAGAUGGGAACGGAGAGAUAGACUUUGCCGAAUUCUGCCAUUGUAUGAAGAAAAGCCAAAGCUUGGUCAAGUCCACCAACGAAGAGCUGAUAAAACAAUGUUUUAACGUAUUCGACCAGGACGGUAAUGGUGUGAUCACAGCCAAUGAAUUUAUGUACAUAGCCAAAGAAGUCGGAGGAUUCUCAGACGAACUAGCUGAAUAUGUCUUUCAUGAGUUGGACGUUUCAGCUAACGGACACUUAAGCACUGACCAAUUCGCAGCAAUAGUUGAGGAUUACCUACUUACUGAUCAACGCAAGAUCUUCGAUGAAGACAAAUAA